AUGGUCAUUGUCGAUAUGACCAACAGACCAAAGAGGUCUGGUCGUGGCUAUCGUAAAAAAGCACCAGAUACAACAACUACAACAACUGAUGACAACAACAACAACAACAACAACAACACCCAAGUCCAAGUUAAAGCAAAGCCAAAGAAGCCAACAACUAAAGUUGAACCACCACUACCACCUCAACUAUGUCAAUCACCUCAAUACCUUUGGCAUUAUAUUGUCAAGGCCAAGGAUAUACCUUAUGAUAUAUCAAGGUCACUCACUAGACUGGUGAUGGGCGAUCUAUUCAAAGGACCUGUUAAAUACGAGAUGUUUCCUGAAUCAUUGACCGAACUCCAUCUUGGAUAUAUGUUCAAUCAAACAAUUGGCCCAUCACUACUACCUCACUCAUUGACCGUGCUCGAGUUUGGUCACCACUUCAAUCAACCAUUGGAUCGCAUAUCAUUGCCGCCCUUCCUCGUCAAGCUAACAUUUGGACCAGCUUUCGCCUCACAAAUCCCUCACAACAAGUUGCCAAACACACUCCUCCACCUGAACCUUGGCUACGCCCAUGCGAAAGAAUUCAUUGGUUACAGCUCAUCCAUCAAGAUACAAGAUGGCGCACUACCUCCCGAUCUCAACACCCUGUUCUGCCAUGAUAGAUGGAUACUGCCAGACCAACUUCCGGCAUCGAUCAGAUUGGUUCGUACCAAGUUCGAACUCAUGAGAUUCCACAACGUCUGUCCCCAUUGGUUCUACAAACACAACCCGCAUGUUGGCAUGGAGAUCUCCCUCCACGACCAGAGCUACAAGGCAACAUCGCACCACCACCUGCCACUGACCAAUCUAUACAUGUCGCAUGAAGAGCCAAAGCUUACUGCACUGCCGUCGACAAUCAAAGUACUGGCGAUCAAUUAUUUGAACGAGGAGCUGCAGGUUGGCAUGUUGCCAUUGGGUCUCACCGAAUUUCACAUGGGAGAAUUGUACAACCUUCCGAUCGAACCUGGACACCUGCCGGACAAGUUACGAGUGUUGGUCUUGAGCGUUCGGUUCAAGCAACCUUUGAAGAUUGGCGUUCUACCACAGUCUCUUACGGAACUCACUUUUGGCAACAAGUUCAAUAGUGAGAUUGGUGUUGGUGUGCUUCCGCCGAACCUGGUGUCGCUCAAGUUUGGAAACCGCUUUGGUCAUGGUAUGGGCGCUGGCGUCCUACCACAAUCUCUCCAAAUGCUACGUCUUGGACGUGGCUUUGCGGGACUCGUCGACGACGUGGUCAUACCAAGCGGAAUACGCUACUUGGACAUGCACGCGCACGUUGAUUUCGUCAAGUAUCUUGCUCAGUGUCCAUCGCUCGACACCUUGAAGCUCCGCAUCCUUGACACACCAUAUCGGAGGUUCUCCAAUGCCGUCGUCAAAGUCCCGUCCACCGUCACAUCACUCAAGCUGACAAUCAGAGGACGGUCGGCAAAUGCCAGGGAGUACAUCACCAACCUGCUGAAGGACAAUCCACAGCUCACUGGCUUCAGCGUCAAGAUUCAGAAAGACACAUAUAAUAUACGAUUCCUCGAUGGGCAAUCACAGGACAACAACCAGUUGGCAGUGUGUGUCUGUCACCUCAAGAACAACUUGGACUCGAGCAAGCUGACAUUCUUCAAAAUGGACCAAUUCCUCUCGCGGACAACUACAUUCAAGGUGUUCAAUCCAUUCUUUGUUGAGCAAAACAGAAUGGGAGACCUCCUUGACGAUCGUACUGAUGAGAGUAACAGUGAAGGUUUUAUGGAUACCAGCAGCGACGACGAUUUUGACGAUAGUGACGAUGACUUUAAUUUCUUUGAUCGUCGAAAAUAUCAACCUUAUCGCUGGGAUUCAUCCGACGAUGAUUGGGAUUCAUCCGGUGAUUGGGAUUCAUCCGAUGAUUAUUAUUAA